AACAAUUCCAGUUGGGUUUGGAUUCCAAAUGGCGCUUUCACCAGCCUCAGAAGCAGCGGAUUCAUGGUGGACACGCCUUGACCGUGCGUACGAGUCGCCUUCGGGCCCAAGUUGGGGUGUUAUCUCACCUAACUGCAGCUGCUUUCACUAUGGGUACCUGACUACUAUAUAUAUAAUGGCACGCCGCUGAUGACAGUACUGUUCGAUCAACCCGUUGUUGAAGGCCUGUUCUGUCCACUCUUCGUCUGUUAACCCAAUUCCACUAAACCAGUAUACACAAUGGCACCUACCCUGAAGGCGCUUGCUACUUCGCUCUUUGCUGGCUACGCUGCCGCAAGGCAGUGCCAGACUCUCAGCAUCCCCGUUGACAUUUCCUCCCGACAGGGUGUGUUUAAGAAGGUUCCCGUUGAGACCAACCUCGAUGCCAGCGCGUUCGCGACCCGCUUCAACGAGUUUCAGUACAACUACACCGCCGAGCUCUUCACCGGCUUCCAGACUCUCCAGAAGAGCAUCAAGAUCUCUGCGCAGUACUGCACACCCGAUGGCGGUAGCAAUGGCAUUGUCCAGGUUCUGUCCCAUGGAAUUGGAUUUGACAAGACCUAUUGGGACCUGUCAUACGACGACUACAAGUACAGCUACGUCAACGUAGCUACUGCUUCCGGUUAUAGCACGCUUGCCAUUGACCGUUUCGGUAUUGGCAAUUCCACCCACGGCGACCCUUUCAACGAAAUCCAGGCCCAGGCUGAGGUCGAGGCCCUCAACGAGGUCACCAAGAAGCUCCGUGUUGGUUCCAUCUCUGAAAUCAGCUGCUCGUACGAGAAGGUCGUCCACGUUGGCCACUCCUUCGGCUCCGUCCAGACUUUCUGGCUCUCUGCUCUGUACCCCAACAACACCAACGGUGUUGUCCUUACAGGUUACUCGAAUGCUGCUGAGUUCUUCCCCUACAUCGUCGCUGGCUGGAACCUCCACAGCGCUCGCCUGAACCAGCCCUUCCGCUUUGGUAAUGCAUCUGCCACUGGCGUCCAGGCUCUUGCCCAGCAGUAUGGUGUUCAGGGUGACAUUGUCCCCGGUCUGACUGCCAUCCUCAACAAGAUUGGCGUAGAUGUUGACACCGAAGAGGUCCGGCAGUACGUCGCCUCUACCGAGAUCAACGAUCUCAUCAAUGGCUACAACCACACCAUCUUUCAGUACAACUACCCCUCUGGUUACUUCGCGCACUCUGCCCUCACUGCCCUUCAGUACGCCUUCCUCUUCCCUGAUCAGUUUGAUGUUGGUCUCGCUGUCGAGAGUGAGAAGACCAAGCAGCCCGUCACUGCUGGUGAGAUCAUGACUAUCGGCAACGCACCCAAGGUGUCACAGUUCACUGGACCUGCCUUCGUCAUCACCGGCCAGUACGACGUUCCUUUCUGCGGCGGCAACUGCUACGGUCAGGCCCAGAACAUCACUGCUGCCAACAUCCCCGCUGGUGUUAAGACUGCCUUCCCUGCUGCCUCCGCCUUCGAGGCAUACAUCCAGCCCAACACCGGUCACGGUCUCAACUUCCACUACAACGCCACCGCCGGUUACCAGAUCAUCCAGGACUUCCUCGGCCGCAACGGUCUCUCCACAUAAGCGUGCGCGCAGUGUUGUACGUGGAAAGAAGCAUAU